AGCAGAGGACUAGCAGAGUCUAUCUAGAGAUCUAGAUCUACACUUUUUUUUUGUGCCCACCAUCGACGAACGAACGACUACGCAACAUGCUCAAGUGGACGGCAUCGGCGCAGCGGCUGAACGAGAUUCCGGUGCAGGAUCAACAGGAUCCGAAUCAGAGGCGACUCCAGCGGCGGCAGCGUCGCCAGCGGAGGGCCACCAUUGCCAACAAGGAGAAUGUGCCCGACUACACAUCCACGCCAGUGCCCAUGGUGUCGCGGCUGCGCAACAGUCCGCUGGUCCUGGCGCCGCUCAGCGACAUCCGCAAUGUCACCCCGGAGGCGGUGGCCAGCCGGAGCCAGGCGCCCCAGCGGGUGCAGAGUGUGCGGUAUGCCACCACCCUGCCACGCUUCGCCGAGGACUACUCCCCCAAUGGGUUGGCCCUGCCCAGUGGUCAGCACUUGGCGCUGCGCGGUCUGGCCCCGCUGGAUCCCUUCCUGGGUCAGCCACGCUACAUUAACGGGGUCACCCAGCUGAAGCAGCGACGGUUGGACGACGAUUUCGUGGCCACCCUGGAACCGGAAGUGGAGGAGGAACCAGAGCCGGAAAUGGAAGUGGAGACAGCCACCAAAAUGGGAGCACGGCCCAGCACUCCGCAGCCCGCCUCCACGCAGAUGGGCGAUCAGACUUUGGAUCGCCUCAUCGAUGCCAUUCUGGACUCGGCCUGCAAGGCGGAUGCGAGCAGCAAGAAGAAGGCCAGAAAAUCCACCUUCAAUCUGCGCAGGCGCACCCUGGUGAAGCAGCAAAUGGAGUCGAACUGCCCGCAGGAGGUCCUCUCGCCAUCCUACGCAGCAGGAGACGAUCCAGCCUCGGACCUGAGCUUCGGUCUGGUCCCACUGCAGCCCAUGAUGGCCACGCCCGAGCCGGCCUCUCCAAUGAGCAAACUACCACACAACUUGCUCAUCCAACUGGCCACGCCGAUGGUGACCCAUGGCACCCACCCAGCAUCAUCUGGUGGAGCAGCCAUCGGCGACAACACCUUCUGCCUGGAGACGCCGGUGAAGGCUUUGAAGCGGGGCCGCAAGGAGGUCAUCGCCAAGGAGUCGCCCAUAAAGCGCUACAAGGUCGACGAGCGCAACUACUUCGAGGUGGGAUUGGCCCUGCCCUCAUCUAUAUAUGUCUGAAAAAAAUAAGAAAUCCCU